AUGGGUACAGCUACAGACAAAAGAAGAUUGAAAGUAGCAUUUAACGAGGAAGCAAGAUGGAUUUCAAUUGAGCCGUUCAAAUCAUGUGAAAGUUUAGCAUUGAUUAUACGCGAAAAAUUUAAUAUUAACAAUGAAAUUGAAUUAUGGGAUGGAAAUGCAAAAAUUGAUUUAGAUGAUACAAUUUUCGAUAGUAGUCUGACAGAAAAUACUUUAAUUACCGUUAAAGUUAAACGUGUUAGAAGAGACAGUCAAUUGCUAGACACGUUUCGUCGACAACCAAUCGAUGCUCGAAACUUUGAGCCAUUGACAAACCCCGACCACGAAAAAUUAUAUGAGACAAAAAAAACGGUAAAAGAAUUUCUAGAUUCGGAUCCAACCCGUAUGCGCGAUGUUACAGAGCAGAGAAGGCGUAGUUGGACAAUGACCAAUCCUGUUCAACAAACUACACAAGGACACAUUUUAUCGGAACCACCAACGAAUCGACUCGUUAUAACACCUGACCUUCCUCGGCUUCAAAACAACGCAUCUUCACAUCAAAUACAGUCAACAGCAGGCAGGAAGACGCUACAUUUAACAUCAAUUAAGCAUCCAAGUUGCGACAAAGAUGAAACUCCAGAACGAGAACAGAUGCGUUCAAACAUUAAGGAAAAAUGA